AUGAACAGCAAACAAGUAAAUACCACCACUUCGGAGAGUGAAAUAAGUUCCGAAACGGUCGUGUCCUCAUCCCAGAGGCGCACUCAGAGCCGGCAGGAGCCCAGCUGGUCAGCAGGCAGUGUCCGGGACCACCGACCUCCGCCAGGAGACACUCGAGGCCCGGCCAAGGGCAGCCAGGCAGCCGGCGGCCGGCGGACGUCGGGCCGCGGGAGGAUCCUCGGAAUCAACGUGCCGCUGGCCACGCUCACAACCCGGGCAGUCAGGAGCCGAGUGGCCAGCCCCCGACGACUGUUGGCCCCGCGCCGUCCCCUCCUCGAGUCCCACCGCCCCAGGUCACCCCGGCCGGGCCUCGGGACCCUCCCGUUCAAGGUGACCCCUAACCCGACCUCACGACUCUCGGCUUCAGGGGACUCCGGCCUGACCUGUUACCCUCCUGAAGUGACCCUGGCUCUGACUCUCGACCCUCCUGCCUGA